AUGGAGGUUUCUAAUUCCCAGGAUGUCCCAAGAAAGUCUGGGGAGAUCUUCUCCAAUUUACCUUCUUCCACGCUUGAAAACAUUGCGGCAUUUCAGCCUCCACCGGGCGUUACCGCCAACUGGGAAAAUCCCGAUUCUCACAGAGAGAUAUUGAUACUUAUUCCUACUAUCAUGAUGUCCGCCACGGGUAACGGAACUCUCGGGCUUCACAAUUGGGAUUUUCCAGUUUCGCAAUUGUUAUCCUACCGCAAUUUAAUUACAACUGGUCUAUUACCAUGGCUCACGCCUCUCACUUUGGGCUUAGUGAAGACAACCAUAUUUUUGACAUACAUGGAAAUCUUCCGUAGCAUGAAGUGGGUGAAAAUGGCGGUUCUCAUCGGCCUUUCAUUCACCGCCGUAUGGUAUUCUGCGAUUACCAUUGCAGGAAUAUGCUUGACUGUUCCACUGGGAGACGAAGGAUGGGUGAAACACCUGUUCACCUCACGUAUGAUUCGCCAAAACGCUCUUAGCAUCCCGACGGCUGUAGUGGGCUUAGCCAUUGAUUGUUACCUAUUUAUUUUACCAAUGAUUGCACUCAAUAAAUUGAAGAUGACUCGGAGGAAAAAGUUGGGUGCAGGGUUAAUCUUCGCUAUUGGACUUUUUGCUAUUGUAGCAUCAGUAAUGAGCGUUGUGUAUCGUGUUAUUCACGGUAGUGAACACGGGGAUAACACUUGGUGGUUGGUACCUAUAAUGUCAGUCACAUGCACAGGUUCUCGGGGUGAGAACUCUGUAGAUUUUAAAAGCAGUCAAGCAUCCGAUACUGUGGAUGAUUCAAAAGUGUCUCGAGAGAAGGUUAGGCCACCUCCGAAAAUGUAUCCCGGUCUCGAUCUUACGUCUCGUGGUGGAACAGCACCGGCGACAGAAUUGGAUAAAAAUGAAGACAUUCCGAAUAGCAAAGAGAACCAUAAGGUCGACAGUGGCAUGGAACACACUCAGGUUGAAAAGAGUCCCAUGAUAGGCGAGAAUGAGAUAUUUCCUACAAGGAUGUACAAAGCUGUCAGCAAACCUCGAGUGUUGAUUCGAGGAAGGCCAUCAACAUCGCGAACUACAAAAACGAUCGAAGGGAGUAAGUUUCAUACUCCAGAACCACAAAGAUAUGCUGACCCAGAAUCCAAACCAUUAUCAAAAGGAAAGCCAGCCAUGUCGGAGUCGAAGAAAACCCAAAAUCCUUCUAUCGGGAUCGACUUUAAGGAUCUCGGGGCCACGAAAACUGUCAGAUGGGUGGUCAUUGUGGCGAUAUCAGUUGCUGCUACAAUGGAAACAGUGUUUUGUACCAAGAUGCUGAUGUCAAGGUUAGGCUGGGGAAAAGGAGAGGAGGAGGAGGAGGAGGAGGAAAGAGAUGAGGACGAGGUAAAGAUGAAGAUAAGGAAGGAGAAAAUCAGGCAAAGAAUGAAUGAGGGGAGUCUGCAUGCUGCACCCUACUAG